GAGAAACCAAGCGCACUAGGCUCUGGCACCAUUUGUUGUUGUUUUAAAACCUUUGGAUUUUUAUCUCAAAUUGCCAGCUUGGAACUGAAAAUAAGGAGAUGGACAGCAACGUGGUCCAAAUUUUUAAGGAGGACAAAUGCCCCUCUGCUCUCCCCGAGAAGUGUUUACACAACUUCACGUGGCAGUCAGCCAUCUCGGACAUAUAUAACUAUUCAGUAAAUGAGACUUGGGCGAGCGAGCAGGAAACGAUGUCUCCCAUCAUUCCCAUCAUCACCGCUGUGUACUCUGUGGUGUUUGUUGUAGGACUAGUGGGAAACUGCCUUGUGAUGUUUGUCAUCAUCAGAUACACUAAAAUGAAAACUGCCACCAACAUCUAUAUCUUCAACCUGGCCGUGGCUGAUGCUCUGGUGACCACCACCAUGCCCUUUCAGAGUACAGAUUACCUGCUCAACUCGUGGCCGUUUGGAGAGGUGGUGUGCAAGGUUUUCAUCUCCAUCGAUUACUAUAACAUGUUCACCAGCAUCUUUACCUUGACCAUGAUGAGUGUUGACCGGUACGUGGCAGUCUGCCACCCCGUGAAAGCCUUGGAUUUCCGCACACCAAUGAAAGCCAAGAUCAUCAACAUCCUCAUCUGGGUUCUGUCCUCUGCUGCCGGCAUCCCUGCAAUGGUUCUUGGGAGCACUCAGACCAACAAUGGCACCACUGAGUGUGCUUUACAGUUUCCAGACCCAUACAUCUACUGGGACACUUUAAUGAAGAUCUGUGUCUUUAUCUUUGCCUUCGUGGCUCCCCUCAUCAUCAUCUCCGUGUGUUACACCCUAAUGGUCCUGCGUCUCAAAAGUGUACGUCUGUUCUCGGGCUCACGGGAGAAAGACCGCAACCUGAGACGCAUCACCCGCCUGGUGCUGGUUGUGGUUGCUGUGUUUGUGGUCUGCUGGACACCCAUACACAUCUUCAUUCUGGUCAAAGCCCUUUCAACCGGAGUGCCAGAGACCACUGCUGUCAUGGCUGCAUACUUCUUCUGCGUGGCAUUGGGCUACACCAACAGCAGCCUCAACCCCAUCCUGUACGCGUUUCUGGAUGAAAACUUUAAACGGUGCUUUAGGGACUUCUGCUGCCCAGGCCGGAGAGCAGGGGACAGGCACGCCCUCAGCCGGGUGAGGAGCACGCUCCGUGAGCAUACGUGCCCUGCGGAGGGAAAAGGGGAAGGUGGGCAAGGAAGACCUGUAUGACUAGCCGUGGAGAUGUCCUCCUUUCAUGGUUGGGAAGACUCAAAUGAUCUGGGACUGACACAGAUAACCACUGCCAUCUGAGAAAGAGCCCUUCAGACAAAGGAGGUUAAAGGGGUCAUAUGGCGCAAAUAAGUGAUUUUCUGUGUCUUUGGUGUGUUAUAAGUUGCCCAUGCGUGUAUUAGACAUGUAAAAUUACAAAAAUUAAAGUGUCGGAUCAAAAGAUGCAUUCUAUCUAAAAGUGAAUGCUCACCCAGACCUGCCUGAAACGCCUCGUGUAACCACACCCCCACAUAUCCAUGUCAGUUCGUGGUAUGAGUAAAGACUGCCCAAAUGUAUAUGCAAGUUAGUACAGUCAGUACAAUUGCUUUAUAACCUGAUGCUUCAAAUAUGGUAAGAGGCGUCACAUUUCUGUCACACGCUUGCGGUAUUCGACCAAUCACUACGCAGUGGUUAACUGGCCAAUCAUAGCACACCUUGAUUUAAAAUCUGCUUCUAAAAUCUGCGUGUUUUAGAAGGCGGGGCAAAGAGG